AGAUAGAGGCGGAAGUGAAGUCACUUGACAGACCGUCCAUGUUAUUAUUGUUAUUCUCGGCAGCCCUGUGAUGAGACGGGCUGAGGAGCCGUUGGUCUCCGAGACAACACGACCGUUGACGUUACCGCGGAACGAGCCGACGCAGACGCGGCCGACACCUCCUCACUGACCCGGGAGAGGGGAGGAGGAGGAGGAGGAGGAGGAGGGUGUGAGGACCCAGCACCAGCUCGGCUCCUACACUCCGACAUAUAAAUAUAUAUAUAUAUUAAAACAAUAACAAUAACGCUCGUCAAACGGCUGGUAGCGGGGACGAGCCGCAGCAGACAUGAACGGUAUCACCAAGGGCCGGUUCGAGGUGUUCUCAAACAGCGAUGAAGCGCCCAUUAACAAGAAGCUCCCCAAAGAGCUUCUUCUUAGAAUAUUCUCCUAUCUAGAUGUGGUUACACUCUGUAGGUGUGCCCAAGUAUCCAAGGCGUGGAAUGUCCUGGCCCUGGACGGCAGCAACUGGCAGAAGAUUGACUUGUUCAACUUCCAGACAGACAUAGAGGGGCGCGUGGUGGAGAACAUUUCGAAGCGUUGCGGAGGCUUCCUGAGGCAGCUGAGCCUCAGGGGCUGCCUGAGCGUGGGAGAUGCCUCCAUGAAGACGUUUGCUCAGAACUGCAGAAACAUUGAAGUGUUGAACCUGAACGGCUGCACCAAGAUCACAGACAGCACCUGUCUCAGCCUCAGCAAGUUUUGCUACAAACUCAAACAGCUCGAUCUUACUUCCUGUGUGUCCAUCAGCAACCACUCCCUCAAAGCCGUCAGUGAUGGCUGCAGAAUGCUGGAGAUGUUGAACCUGUCAUGGUGUGACCAGAUCACACGUGAUGGCAUUGAGGCUCUGGCUAGAGGCUGCAAUGGUUUACGAGCACUCUUCCUCAGAGGAUGCACACAGCUGGAAGAUGGAGCAUUGAAACACCUCCAGAAACACUGCCCAGAACUCACCACCAUCAAUAUGCAGUCUUGCACACAGAUAACUGACGAAGGCCUAGUCAGUCUGUGCCGAGGAUGCCACAAGCUACAGAUCCUUUGUGUGUCUGGCUGCAGUAACAUCACUGAUGCCUCCCUCACUGCAAUGGGACUCAACUGUCCCAAACUCAAGAUCCUUGAAGCUGCACGAUGCUCCCAUGUUACAGACGCUGGGUUCACUGUGCUGGCCAGGAACUGUCAUGAGCUUGAAAAAAUGGACUUAGAAGAAUGUAUUUUGGUGACAGAUAACACCCUGGUUCAGCUGUCUAUCCACUGCCCUCGCCUGCAAGCACUGUCCCUGUCCCACUGCGAGCUGAUCACAGACGAUGGCAUCAGAGCUCUGAGCAGCAGUACAUGUGGCCAAGAGCGCCUCACCGUGGUGGAGCUGGACAACUGCCCCCUCAUCACUGACGUGACCCUGGAGCACCUGAAGAGCUGCCAUCGUCUGGAGCGCAUUGAGCUCUACGACUGUCAGCAAGUCACCAGGGCUGGAAUCAAACGCAUCCGGGCCCACCUCCCAGAGAUCAAAGUCCACGCCUACUUUGCCCCAGUGACACCCCCUCCCUCUGUACAUGGAGGUGGCCAGCGUCUGUGCCGCUGUUGCAUCAUCCUCUGACAGUGGAGGGCCAGGGGGGGCCACCUCUGUCUACAGGUCCUGCUGCUCUGAU